AUGGACCUAGAGCUGAGGCCAGCAGCCCCCGGACCCGAUGGCCACAACAACGCAGCCUUCCAGGAUGAAGACUUCCUUGAAGACAAGAACAUGCCAGGAAACAGUUCAAUCAGGAGUAGAGUUGUACAAAGCAGGGAACGAGGAAACGCCAAGCAGGAUGACAAGCCGGUCACGAUUGAGCAGGAUCCCCUAGGAAACAGAGAAGACCUGGAGAAUGACCAAGAUGAGCAUCCAAAAGGGUGUUUGGAAAGGAAGUAUGAUACAAUUUGUGGUUUCUGUAGAAAACACAAAACCGUUCUUCGGUACAUCAUCUGGGCCAUUUUACUCACGGGUGUCCUGGCCCUGGUGACUGCCGCCUGUGUGCUGAACUUCCACAGAGCCCUUCCUCUCUUUGUGAUCACCGUAGCUACCAUAUUCUUUGUUGUCUGGGAUCACUUGAUGGCCAAAUAUGAACAUCGAAUUGAAGAGAUCCUGUCUCCAGUCAGAAGACUUCUAAAUAGCCAUUGGUUCUGGCUGAAGUGGGUGGUUUGGAGCUUACUGAUCCUGGGGGUUAUUUUCUGGCUGAUCCUUGACACUGCCAAAUUGGGUAAACAGCAACUGGUAUCCUUUGGCGGGCUCAUCAUGUACAUCAUCCUGUUAUUUCUGUUUUCCAAGCACCCAACCAGAGUUUACUGGAGACCCGUGUUUUGGGGAAUUGGAUUGCAGUUUCUUCUUGGGCUCUUAAUUCUAAGGACUAAACCUGGAUUUAUUGCUUUUGAUUGGCUGGGCAAACAAGUUCAGACUUUUCUGGGGCACACCAAUGCUGGAGCUGUAUUUGUCUUCGGUGAAAAAUACACAGACCACUUCUUUGCAUUUAAGAUCCUGCCUAUUGUGGUUUUCUUCAGCACUGUGAUGUCCAUGCUCUACUACCUGGGACUGAUGCAGUGGAUCAUCAGAAAGGUUGGAUGGCUAAUGCUCGUCACUAUGGGCUCAUCUCCUAUUGAGUCUGUGGUUGCUGCUGGCAAUGUAUUUGUUGGACAAACAGAGUCUCCACUGCUGGUCCAGCCAUAUUUAUCUCAUGUCACCAGGUCAGAACUCCACGCCAUCAUGACAGCCGGCUUCGCUACAAUUGCUGGAAGCGUCUUGGGUGCAUACAUUUCUUUUGGGGUGUCAUCCACACACUUGUUAACAGCCUCAGUCAUGUCGGCACCUGCAUCACUGGCUGUUGCCAAACUCUUUUGGCCUGAAACAGAGACACCAAAGGUAACCCUCAAGAAUGCCAUGAAACUGGAAAAUGGUGAUUCAAGGAAUCUCCUGGAGGCUGCAACACAGGGCGCAGCCUCCUCCAUCCCCCUGGUGGCUAACAUUGCUGCGAACCUGAUUGCCUUCUUGGCCCUGCUGUCUUUUAUGAAUUCAGCCCUGUCUUGGUUUGGAGGCAUGUUCGACUACCCGCAGCUGAGUUUCGAGCUCAUAUGCUCCUACAUCUUCAUGCCCUUCUCCUUCAUGAUGGGAGUCGACUGGCAAGACAGCUUUAUGGUUGCCAAACUCAUAGGCUACAAGACAUUCUUCAAUGAAUUUGUGGCUUAUGAGCACCUCUCAAAACUGAUCAAUCUGAGGAAAGAGGCUGGACCCAAAUUUGUGAAUGGUGUGCAGCAGUACAUGUCGAUUCGUUCUGAGACAAUUGCAACUUAUGCCCUCUGUGGCUUCGCCAAUUUUGCUUCCCUAGGAAUAGUGAUCGGCGGACUUACAUCCAUAGCUCCUUCCAGAAGGCACGACAUUGCCUCAGGAGCAAUGAGAGCCCUGAUUGCAGGGACCACUGCCUGCUUCAUGACAGCCUGCAUUGCAGGCACACUCUCCAGCACCCCUGUGGACAUCAGCUGCCAUCACGUUCUAGACAAUGCCUUUAACUACAGUUCCUUUAAUAACACAACCAGAGUGGUGUCUUGUUGCCAAAGUCUGUUGCACAGCACUGUUGCCAAGGGGCCCAAUGAGAUUAUCCCAGGAGGAAACUUCAGCCUCUACGCUUUGAAGGGCUGCUGCGAAUUGCUGAAUCCAUCAACACUUAACUGCAGUUGGAUCCCUAAUAUGAUAUAA